GGCAAGAUUCAAGUAAUGGCAGGAUUUCUUGUUCACCUAUUUUUGUGAUUCCGAUCAUGAGUGAUUUGCCCUGGCGAGGUGCACACGUUCUGGUUUUGAGUGAGUUUGUAUUUGACUUCCGAAAAAGUGACGAGACCAAGACGAGGGAUUGCUGACGUGAGUCACAGUUGUAGUAGCAGUAGUAGUAGUAGUACUAGAGUUGUCAAAUACACAACUCCUAUGAUCAGAAGGCAAGUACAUCGUUUCUUAAAAACGGCUGACUUUGAAUGAUGGGGGACAGCGCAGACCGUGCCCAAUGAUAAAGCUUUCACUUACUCUUCGGACAUCAGCAUAGUUUCAACUUCUUGUCUGAAAAAAUGUUACGAUUGCCAUUGCGUGAAAAAAUGUUACGAUUGUAAGGAAGCGCAAGCGGUAGAGGACGUGAAAUGGGUGGCAGUAUAUCGAAGCCCUCACCGGAGUUCAUCCGGGACUUGCGGUAUAGGAACGAGCCGACGCUUGAUUUAUGUAGUAGUACUGGAAGUUGUAGUAGUACUGGAGGUAGUUUUCCUUUUCUGUUUCACCAUCUGGUGCAUUCUUUUAAGUGAGAGAAAGCUCCUCCAUCCUCAUCCUGCAUGUGCAUGAUGAGGACUACGCUCUUCUAUACUGACGAAGACGAACCGGAACCUCUAAUCAAGACCCCUUUGACGCUGAACCUGAAUAAAGAAAGUGCGAACACGAUACAGCUAGCGACGCAUUUCUACACGAAAAUAUGGCAGAUUCAACACAUAAGCUGGGACCGAGGAGGCCCUUUUUUCCACGAACUCUUCGACUUCUACAAGAGAUAUCCGAAACUGCAGGUAUAGAAUACUUAAUUGGUAGCUGUGAUGGAAGUUGUCGGAAGACGUCAUUCUAUUUUCCACGAGGCAUCACUACGUACAACAGUGACACUUCUACUAUUAACAACAGGCAUUGAAUUUGAAUCAUGCAUAGUCCUGUAGGUACAACGUGUAUUGCUUGUCCACGAGUGAGUACAUCAAUCAAUCACCCCAAUGAGUGGGCACUUAGAUCAAUCAAUCACAUUCUUAGAGACUCUCCUUCUCCAUGACGCGACCAUCCAUGGCAUGACAUUGGCACCAGGUAGAGUUCCUGACGCAAAUGGUGAUGCAGAUUCGUGGGAACCCGAAUGGCGGUUACGCUUUUAAGCUUCAUUGGGUGCUCAUGGAGUUUCUGUUUCACGGUAGAAAUCACGUUCUCAUAAACGAGAUCCUGUGUGAAUUCUAUGAGGCAGUCAUAAAAUUAUGGUCAACUGCAUUUAGUCAUGUCCAUCAUUCUCGGCAUCUUGGUCCCCUUUUCCCUUGAAAUAUUCCUAUGUAUGAAAUGAUACGAGGUUAGUAAAGGGGUCAAGAUGACGAGGGGGCCGAGAUGCAAUCUAGCAGACUCUAAUAAAAGAAUGCGACGCCGCCAUCGCCUCCUACAGUACUAGCAGUGGGGCCACGUCAUCAACAUCAAGUAGUAGCAGCUCAGGCGGAGCAGGUACUAGCGCGUCAUCUAGUACAACUGCGGGUACAGCAGGAGCAGGGUCGUCAGACGAGAGUGGAGGAAGUUCAUCGAGUAGUGCGUCAACGUCAUCGUCAUCAGGUCCGGGAGCUGUGUCAUCGCAUGAUGAACCAUCCUCCUCUAGUGGUACGAGUUCGACAUCAGCAGGGGUCGUGACUGGUACUAGUAGGGAGCAAGCAGGUGGAAGUUCAUCUUCAUCUUCAACAGCAUGUGCUUACCAAGACGCACACCAGCCAUAUCGGAUAAAAGCUACUGCGGAGUAUACGUUGGUCAAUCUGAAGGACAUCAUCGACUACGGAGGUGGACAUGGAUGCACAUCAGGUAUUUUUCCUCAGAAACCGAAGGAAUGUUAUUUUUUUCGAUUCCCAAACGACUCUUCUCUCCAUCAGGUGCUCCCAAAUGGUUAGUUGUCGAGUACCACGAUAGCACAGGGAAGGUAAGCUACCAUCGGAAAAUAAUACGAUUCAAACUUUACGAGAGAAAAGCGAAAUAUGUCGAAACGGUUGCGACUGAGUUCGGAUUUCCAGACCCGAAGAAGUAUUUUGACUAAGUACCUAAAGUCAUGCAUGUGCAACACAUGAUUGCCAGUUAGUAUUAGCAGCACACAAUCACAAGAGGACGAACCAAGAGCAAUAAACGAAACUAAAAUUUGUCAAAUGUUAGUGUCCAAAAAAUUCACACUUCUUAUCAGAAGCCACCAACUUCAUCAUGUUCAUCUUUUUCAACUUCGACAACAAAUACAACAUCAAAUUUCACGACAGUUCCGAGUUAUUCGUUGUCUACACGGACGGGCGAAAAACGAGUUACCGAGUAGAAGAGGGGGACGAUAUGUUAGGAUUCUCGUUGCACAACCUAAAUUUUUUCUACAUAAGAUCUGAUCAGGGCGUUGCCACUGCCGGGCGGCUUUCCCCACAGUGGCACCCGCGGGUGUCAAGUGGGCAAGGCCUUUGGUCGCGCUGUUCAGUUCGCCGUAAGGUGCCGCCGCGCUGACCAGGAUGAAUGAAUGAAUGAAAGUAGGAAUAGCAAACGUUUUCGCCAACAAAUGGCAACACCCAAAUAGCAGGAAUGGCGACGAACACAGAUGCGGAACUGAAGAGUCAGAUGUUGGACUACAUCUAGACUUCAUGCAAUAAGGGGUUAGUAGUUAUAGUGUUCUCAAUUUUCUAGCCGAAAAUGAAAAUGAGUUUUUUUUUGUUUUCUUAGAGGUAUCGGGAAUGCAUCUUACAGAUCAUCUGGGUCCGUUUUCCUUCUUAUUUUCUUUCUCGAGAUGACUUUGCGGAUGCAUUUCCUACACCCAUAAUUUUCGCCACCCCCGGGACGCCUUGUGGGUGUCGCUACCCCCGGGGCGGGAGCGCCGCCUUGUGGGAAUCGAGGGGGAGGGAUCAUGCUGUGCGGGGGAUCAUGGCCGCAAUUACUAUAUAUAAUCGGGAUGCUGUUGUGCCCGCAAGUGCUAUCGGGAGUUGUACUAACUAUCGGGAUCAUGCUAUACCCGCAUCCGCAAGUCGUGCUAUCGGGAUUACUUCUAUCAGGAUGGCGUUGAAAAACUAUUUAGGUUGAAAAAAGAUCCUGGUCUAAAUAUGCUGCAGCCUAGAGAAGAACGGGACUUCGACCUCGACUGGACAGACUGCUAUUUCAUCUACAAGGGCAAGGUAUAUAAUUUUAAUAAAUGUUCACUAUUUAAAUUUAUAGUUGUGGGGAUAGAUUCAUGUAGUUGAACCUACGCAGUACGCUGUGAUUGUGACAUGUGAUAACACCAUAUCUCUCUGGCAUUAAGAUGCUGAGAUGUGGAUGAACUGGCACGAGGACAUCAAACUGGGACAUCUAGGACAACUUUCAAAACCUUAGACUCAUGCUGUGUGCUGGAUUCAUUUUGAACCUCCACACCUACGCAGUACGCUGGGAUUGUGAUAACACCUCCAUAUUAUAAAAAGCAAAAAAAAUUCCCUCGAACAUCCUCUCCAGCAAAGUCUCUCCAAAAAAUCAAUACAGGAUGUUCCUCUAUUGAACAACUUUGGCGUACCAGUCAAGAUACCUGAGGAGAACGGGCAGGUUUUCUUUCUCUGGAUUUUGCCCGAAAACAAGGAACUGGUAGAAAACAGCGAGGCAAAGAUUAUGGAGGACGAAAGUGACUUCAUUUUCAGCUACUUACUAAACUGAUGUCUACUUUCUCCAAGAACUUCUUGCGUUCUACUAAACUGAUGUCUAAUCCAACUUCUUGCGUUCUUGGUAGGUACUUAGACUUACACAAAAGUACAUCAAAAUGAUGCAAUUUAUGUCCCCCAACCCCGAUCUAAAAUGCAGAAGAGUUCGCCAAAUGGUCCGAGUAGCAGGAAAUCUGGCAUUGGGCAAAGAACAUCACAAGCAGCGGCCGAAAUACAAGCAGGAGGUUCGUCGUCAUCAUCCGGUAGCUCAUCUUCUCCUGGCAAUACUGGAUCUGGUCUAGAAGCCUCUGGCACUAUUGCUGGCCCAUCAUCCGCAUCACCUCAACAAGAACCAGCGUCAAAGGGAGGUAGUCUCCUAGAACAAGGCAAUACCCCAGAACGUGGAGACGAUAGUGAUAGUGUCUUUGCACCACCUUCACGUGUCCAAUCUGACACGAGUGUGUUUGCGGGUGGAGAUACUGACACAAGUAAGGCUAGCUCUCCGACGGAGACGAUUUCCACUGCAGUACCAUCACCAGUCGAAGGCGUCAUACUCCCAGAUGUGACGCAGCUACCUCACGGUGGAGGUACAGCGAGCUUGUCGGAGUACGAAGACCUACCAACAGACGAUGAAGCUGUGGUCUUGUAUCAGGGGAAUAGGCUGCCCAACAAAAGGUAGAAGGUGACGGGUUAGGAUUUCCGCUAAAACAAGAGUGUUAAUGAAGAAGGAGCCGACUAGCCCAGUGUAAAUGGCUAAUCUAGUUGUUGUCAACUAAUCGAACAGCGAUACUUUGAUCGCAACUCAUCGAUCGUCAAGGACGUCGAUGUUGAUACUUUAUGGGUAAAAACAAAACCUAAAGGUUCAUGCAGUAGUAGGUGUAGCUAGUUGUGUUUUCGACAUUUUUUUCAUCAUUGGGCUAGUCGGCUCUUUCGUCAUUUUUUUCAUGUAAGAAGCCAAUGACGAAGGAGCCGACUAGCCCAGGGAGAGUCGGCAUUUCGAAAGACGAGUAAGACAAGAGUGCGCGAUAGGAAAAAAUGUUUUUUUUGGUCAACGACAUUGAUUAACAGACGGGACCAACUAGUGCGAAAGGUCGACGAAUGCAGUAGUAGGUGUAGCUAGUUGUGUUUUCGACAUUUUUUUCAUCAUUGGGCUAGUCGGCUCUUUCGUCAUUUUUUUCAUGUAAGAAGCCAAUGACGAAGGAGCCGACUAGCCCAGGGAGAAUCUCCGACACCUCACAGCCUUCACCUGCCUCA